CAAUCUUUCUGCAUACGUAGGCACUCGUAGUUUUUUUUCUCCCCUAGUUGGGAAGUGGGAGUUGUGUUUUUGCGUGGUUUAUUUCGGACUUUCGCUGCUGGAUAAUAUUUCUGCCCUACAAAACCGAGUUUUUUUUGGGGAAAGGAAAUGAGAACGAUGUAAGUAUGCCUCUUUUCCCCACUCCUCAUUACCAAAUAUCACAAGACAUAUCAUCCACACACACAUCACACCCUCGCCUCAAACGCACCAAAGCACUAUCUUUGCAUCACUCCUCCCUGGAAAGCGGGCACACCCUUGCACAACAUACCCACGAGGCCCAUGUUUUCGCGCAUUUAGACCUUUCUAUUCGCUGGACUUGUGUUUGAGAUGUGUGCGACGUAAGUGAGUCACAUGCCGCCAUGUCAUAUGGGUAGUACAGAUGAAGCGGGAGGGGGAUGAUGAUGAUGAUGUGGCGAGCUGCAUAUGUUGUGUUAUCGGAGUACAGCGUACUGGGUUUGGUAAGGGAGGUGGAGGGUGGUAAUAGAUGGGUAUAGUAGUAGUAGUUAGUGGAUGUGAUUGCGUGUGUGUGUGUGUGUGUGGGACGUGAACGAAGGGGUGGUAGCACAUAACCUAUUACUAGUAGUCUCAGAUUUCUUUUCUUAACGGUAGAUAUAUAGCAGGGUGUCCCCUGGGUGAAAACAAAAAACCA